UCUGUGCUCCACCAUCAUCAGCUGUCACACGUUUCAACGUGUUGUUCAUCUCGCGUUCAGCCGCGGGUUCGAUCCCGGAGUUCAGAGCCCGCGACCCGGACGGUCCUCCCGCUGGGGCCCGCGCUCAGCUCCGGAUGUGACGCUGGACUCAAGUGAAGCCUGAUGGGAGGAAGCAGAUGGACGAGCUGGUCGUGGGCCGAGUGACGGACACACACACCAUGGACCAAGACUUCAGUUUCAAUACACUGAAGAAGCUGGCAGCAGAGGCCGACCACACGGACGUGUCUCUGACGGCGGCGGAGCGGGUGCGAGCGCUGGGGAAGAUGGGAUUCAGCGUGGAGAUCAACGAUGACAUCACACCGCGACGCUACUUCCGCUCGGGGGUGGAGAUGGAGCGCAUGGCGGCGGUGUACCUGGAGGAAGGAAGUCUGGAGAACGCCUAUGUCCUCUAUAGCAAGUUUAUCACUCUGUUCGUAGAGAAGCUGCCGAGCCACAGGGACUACCAGCAGAGCAGCAUUCCAGAGAGACAGCUCAUCAUGAAGAAGCUUCAGGAAGUGGCGUUCCCUCGAAAAGACGAGUUGAAGAAACGUCUUCAGGAGAAAUACAGCAGGGAACACAGCGAGUUCCUCAGAUCCCAGAGCCAGCCGGCGGUGUUGGAUGGGUGUGGCCAGCAGCUGCAAUGCCUCUCCCUAUUGGACGAGGACAGGAGGCGGCGGCUGCAGCUGGAGGGCGAGCGGCAGCGGGUCGCCGCCCUGCGACGGAUGCAGAUCGAGUCAGAACAGUUUCGUUACUUCGAAGACCAGCUGAGGCGUCAGGAACUGGCCAAUAGCAGAGAGGAGGUCACACAAAAGGUGGACACCAAAGUGCCUGAGGUGACCGACGGCACUCGUCCAUCUCGGCAACCAAUCAGUGAAGCUGCACGAUCGCAGGGGGCGGAUCCAAACAGACCUGCUCCUAUCAGCGAACCAGCUGCCACGUUGGCCGGCGUUCAUCCUCAGAAGGUGGAAGGUCUGAGGCGGGUGGUGAUCCCCAGAGAUCUGACCUAUCGGUUCCUCCUGUUGGCGGAUUCCAACACGGCCAGAGGAAUAGAAACCUGUGGAGUUCUGUGUGGACGACUGACACACAAUGAGUUUGUGCUGACUCACGUCGUGAUCCCCAAACAAUCGGCCGGUCCAGAUUUCUGCGACAUGGAGAAUGUGGAGGAGCUGUUCAGCUUCCAGGACCAACAGCACCUGCUGACGCUGGGCUGGAUCCAUACUCAUCCCACUCAGACCGCCUUCCUGUCCAGCGUCGACCUCCACACUCACUGCUCGUACCAGCUGAUGCUGCCGGAGGCCGUCGCCAUCGUCUGCGCUCCCAAACAUAACGACACUGGCGUGUUCCAGCUCAGCGCUCCGGGGAUGUCCGAGGUGAGCGGCUGCAGACUGAAAGGUUUCCACCCCCACUCCAAGGAGCCGCCUCUCUUCACUGUGUGUAAACAUGUGGUGGUGAGAGAGUCAAAGAUCAGCCUGCUGGACCUCAGGUGACAGACAGGAGGCGCUGUGGACUCUGCACGUCUGAAACCAUCCACACACUGGUUUUAAAUGUUUGUUUUGAUUUGAAGUCAUCACACACACACACACACACACACACACACACACACACACACACACACACACACACACACACCUGCUGUGAGUGUGUGUGAGAAUCUGUUUUUAAUAAAACAUUGAGAAUUAAA